AUGAAGGACAUUGUUUCCUACAAAUUCGUCUUACAGGCCAACACCAAGCGGCAAAAAUAUGAAAGGAUUAGCGAAAAAAAGAUAUCUACACCCGUUGAAGUCCUUUGUCGAGGUUAUCCGGCUGAGUUUGCAAUGUACCUUAACUACUGUCGCGGUCUUCGGUUUGAAGAACCACCGGACUAUAUGUACUUGCGUCAACUCUUCCGUAUCCUCUUCCGAACUCUGGGCCAUCAGUUCGACUUCCUAUUUGAUUGGACGAUGCUGAAACAACGGUCCUCCGCAAACUCCUCGGCCACUUCUGCAGCUCCUGCCUCCAAAUUUGUUCGCCCUAACACCGAGAGUCGCGACCACGAGAAGGGGCAUACAGCGCCAUCUGGCGAACAGGGUAAUGCUUCCGGACCUACUGGAAACACUCCUGUGGCCCCUGGUAAUCACGCUUUCCCGUCUACAGUCGACUGGAUUGCUCACCAGAAAGGUCUUUAG